UGUUAACCUGAUGUCAUUGAAGCAGGCCAGUGGCAGUCAACCAGCUAUGCUGAUGUACAGUGCGUACAACUUCUACCCAAAGAAAAUCAAAGUGUCCUGGCUCAGAGAUGGAGAACCAGUGACCUCUGAUGUGACGGCCACUGAGGAGCUGGCGGAUGGAGACUGGUACUACCAGAUCCACUCCCACCUAGAGUACACACCCAAAUCUGGGGAGAAGAUCUCCUGUGUGGUGGAGCACGCCAGCUUCCAGAAACCCAUGGUGUACGACUGGGACCCGACUCUUCCUGAGUCUGAGAGGAACAAGGUUGCUAUUGGAGCUUCAGGGUUGGUGUUGGGGAUCAUCCUAUCAGCUGCUGGAUUCAUCUACUACAAGAGGAAAUCCUCAAGACCUUACUAAGGUUGUCACAAUGAAGCUUCCAGAU